UUUGCGCUGGGUGCUGACGCGUCCGGCUCGUCUCCGGUCUUUCUGGGCGGGAGGCGUCUAUCGGACCUACGGGCAGGGCGUGAUGGUGGGCACGGGCACCUCGCUGGCGUUGUCCUCCCUCUUGUCCCUGCUGCUCUUCGCCGGGAUGCAGAUGUACAGCCGCCAGCUGGCCUCCACCGAGUGGCUCACCAUCCAGGGGGGCCUGCUUGGCUCCGGCCUCUUCGUCUUCUCUCUCACUGCCUUCAAUAAUCUGGAGAAUCUUGUCUUCGGCAAAGGAUUCCAAGCAAAGAUCUUCCCUGAGAUUCUCCUUUGCCUCCUAUUGGCUCUUUUUGCAUCUGGCCUCAUCCAUCGAGUCUGCGUCACCACCUGCUUCAUCUUCUCCAUGGUCGGCCUGUACUAUAUCAACAAGAUCUCCUCUGCGCUGUAUCAGGCGACAGCUCCAGUCCUCACACCAGCCAAGGUCGCUGGCAAGGGCAAAAAGAGAAACUGAUCUUGAAUAUCCAAUAAAGUUGAUUCUUUGUA